CGAACGGUCCAAUCAGGUGGCUUUGUUGCAGGAAUUUAAAGGUCUGUGCGGCACUUUCUAUGUACCAUAAGCUCUUGUGCGAGGACCAGGAAUAACUCCACAAAACAAGUGUUCCUUGCUGCUGCUUGAAAAAUGUCUGAGAACGUCGAGCGCCUGAACAAGUUCAAGAACAAAGGCAAAGAUGCCAAUGAGCUUCGACGCAGGAGGGUGGAGGUGAACGUGGAGCUCCGGAAGGCCAAGAAAGAUGAUCAGAUGUUCAAGAGAAGAAAUGUGGCUGCGUUUCCUGACGAGGCGACCUCUCCCCUCCAGGAAAGAACCCAGAACUGCCUGGCUGCCAGACAGUGGACAGUUGAAGAGAUUCUCUCAGGAGUGACCAGCGGCGAUGUCGAGUCCCAGCUCCACGCUACACAGGCUGCAAGGAAGCUCCUGUCACGUGACAAGAACCCCCCCAUCAACCAGAUGAUCAGUGCCGGCCUGAUCCCCAAGUUUGUCGCAUUCCUGGGACUGGUCGACUGUCCCCCGAUCCAGUUUGAGGCCUCGUGGGCUCUGACCAACAUCGCCUCUGGGACGUGCGAUCAGACGGCUGCAGUUGUUGAUGGCCAGGCCAUCCCUGCCUUCAUCAGCCUGGUCACAUCCCCCCACCAGCACAUCAGCGAGCAAGCCGUGUGGGCCCUCGGAAACAUUGCUGGUGAUGGUUCGGCUCUUAGAGACAAGGUCAUCAAACUUGGAGCUGUGGCCCCUCUGCUCAGUCUGCUGGCAGUCCCUGACCUGUCUGUAUUUACUGACGGCUACCUAAGAAAUGUCACAUGGACGCUGUCCAACCUCUGCCGAAACAAGAACCCCUCCCCCCCUAUGACGGCGGUCGAACAGAUCCUGCCCGCACUCUUUCGUCUGCUACACCACAAUGACAAUGAGGUGUUGGCUGAUGCGUGUUGGGCUGUUUCAUACCUGACCGAUGGCUCCAAUGACCGCAUUGAGGUGAUGGUCCAGACUGGCUUAAUUCCUCGCCUGGUGGAGCUGCUUGGUUUUGAAGAGCUGCCCGUCGUUACGCCAGCCCUGCGUGCCCUCGGCAACAUCGUGACCGGCACGGAUGAGCAGACUCAGGUGGUGCUGAAUGCGGGCGCCCUGACCAAGUUCCCCCGGCUGCUGCGCCACAAAAAGGCUAACAUUCAGAAGGAGGCAGCCUGGACUCUGUCCAACAUCACCGCGGGCAAGGACACCCAAAUCCAGGAGGUCAUCAACGCAGGCCUCGUCCCGUACCUGGUCAACACGCUUGUGGAGGGUGACUACAAAACUCAGAAAGAGGCUGUGUGGGCUGUUACAAACUUCACCAGCGGGGGCACCGUUGAGCAGGUGGUUUACCUUGUACAAGCCAAUGUGCUGGAGCCUCUUCUGGCUCUACUCUCCUCAAAGGACAGCAAAAUUGUCCUCGUCAUCUUGGACGCCCUCACUAAUAUCUUCAUGGCCGGGGAUAAAAUUGGGGAGUCAGACAAGCUGAGUCUAAUGGUCGAAGAAUGCGGCGGACUGGACAAGAUCGAGGCUCUGCAGUCUCAUGAGAAUGAGAUGAUCUACAAAGCAUCCCUCAAUCUGAUUGAGAAAUACUUUUCUGACGAGGAUGAAGUGGAGCAGAGUGUGGUCCCAGAAGCAACUGAUGACGGUUAUGCAUUCCAUAUCAGUGAAAACCAAAGCACUUUCAAUUUCUAGAUGACGUUCUAAUUCUUCCUCUACUCUCUUUACUGUACCCUCAUCGCUACUGUUUGUCCUUUAUUCAUGUAAUUGUGGAGUUUCUUUGUAUGUAUUGUACAUACUGUUUUAUUAUGAAAAAAAACAUGAUUGUAAAUAAAGUUAUCAGAUCAUG